AUGGAGAAAGCGGACAGUCAUCAGACGGGAAAAACCCAACACAUGUUCAUCAUACAAGGCUGCAUUUCCCAUCUGGAGCAAGGUCCACCGCCGCUCUACGUUGUGAGGUACGAGGAAAGAUCUCUAGAAUCGGAAAAGGAGCUGGUAAAAGAGUGUAUAAAGGAGAGAGAGAGAAACUGGGGAAACGGACAGGAAGGGAAAAGAGCAAGAAGGAGAAAGAGGGAACUAGAAGAGGUGAGAAACGGAGAGACACAAAGGGAAGAAGGAGGGGAGCAAGUAAGUUGGACUGGAGACCAAAUAAUAGAAGAAAGAAGGAGGAGAGAAACAGAAGAGAGGAGAAAAAGGAUAAGGGAAUCAAAGUACAACAGGUACUACAGGAACAUAGCCAAAGAGGAGAGGCCAAAGUAUCUGGAAGGGAGGAUGAAGUGGAAGGUCAGAAGAAUCAUAGCCAGAUUCAGGUGCGGAAAUGAAACCAAAGCGAAAGAACAUUGGAAAGAGGAGGAAGAAAGGAGGUGCAGAUUAUGUGGAGGGGAAGAAGAGGACCUGAGACAUGUGCUAAAAGAAUGUGAAAUAACAGGAGGAGCAAAGGAAAUGGAAGAAAUAUUAAAUGGGACUGAGGAAGGACUAAUGGAUCUGAGAGCGAUAAUAGAGAAAAGAAGGGCAAAAGCAAUUCAAGAAGGGAUGGAAGGACAGAAAGGUAGCACAGCAAGGAGGCAAAAAGACCAAAGUGACAAUAAUGAGUAGGCUAAGUUGCAAUAAAUCGUAGACAUAAGUGUAAAUAGAUUAUAAGCAUUAGUGUUAGAUUAGAGAUAAGAAG